GUUUUAUCCCUGGGCCAAACAAUACAUUCCAAGCUGAAGAUAAUAUUGUGUGUGCGCCCAUCUUCUCCUGGCUGCCAGCUUUGAUAAUACACUGGAGAAUCGGCAAGAAGGCACUGCCUGGGACAUCCAGAGCCAACACAGCCAAAAAGAAACUAAGAAAACGUUCUAUACUACGGGAAGAGUCCAGAGAGGUGAUAUACAUUAGGGAGAAGUCACGUGUGCGUGGAAAAGUGGAGAAACUACGACAAGAUCUCUAGAAGAGCCAAAUCAAAGAGACUUGCAACAAAGUUGCAUUUGUGGAAGAGAAGGUCAGAACCCAAAGGAGGAAGGACUGCCAGAAAACCACAGAGCCUGGGAGACCGAGAACUGAGAGGACCCCAGUGAUCGAUAGAGGUGGGAUACAUUUCCAGUGGACAUCACACCACCAUGUCUACUACAUUGGUCCUUCUCCUGUUUUUGGUCCCAUUGUGUGUUAGGAUGGGGCAGAGCUGUGAGAUUCCAGAUGGCGACCGCACAUUCAUCCUGGACAAGGUGAAGACACAAAUUAUGGAGGCGCUGGGAUCCCCGCCGGUUUCUGCCUUGUCUCAAGAGUCACCGGACAAGCCUCAAAUACCUACCAGAGUGGCAAAGAGGAUCCUACGGAAAAGGAGCAGCCAAAAAAGUUCUGCUGUCAUUGAGGACACUUCUCAGGUCAUCCUGUUCCCCUCUUCAGAUGUUCUUUGUGAGACUCCAGAUGUUGAAGCUCUUAAAACUGGAGGUGGAAACACCUAUACGUAUAUCUUCCGCCCUUCCAGUCACAUCCUCAGUCGUAGAAUCUCAUCAGUGCAGUUCUGGUUUUAUACUGAAAAAUCCACAACGGACAAACCUACCUUGCACCAAACCAUGCCCACUAGGGGGGCGCCAGAGCUCCGUUCAGCAGUUACUAAUCAGUCUCUUUGCCAUGGGCAGAAAUUACCACCUGGCAACUCUCCAAAUGGUGAAAGAUCCAAGGCAGGUGACCCAGUUAGUAAUGACAAUAAAGAGAGGGACCUACAGGUGGACAUCCAGGUGCUCUCCGAGGAAGAACCGGUCACUGUGGACACCACGAAGGUGCAGAAGAUGGGGGACUGGACUGUUUUUUACCUGGCUCCAGCUUUCCACAGUUACUUGACUAGAAGUCUUUUUGUGUUGAUGGUGCAUUGUCCAAAUUGUCCAUGUUCAAACGAGCCCGAAAAUACUCCCUUCGUUACAUUUCAUACUCUUCCAGCCCAACGUGGCCGCAGAUCAACCAUUCCAUGGUCUCCGUCUGUUCUAGAGCUCCUACAGCGCCCUCCGGCUUUGGGAGCAGAUAGCGCACAGUGUCAUCGGGGUUCUAUAAACAUAACCUUUGAGGAACUUGGCUGGAACCAAUGGAUUGUGUACCCUGGUAGCUUCCAGUUUCACUAUUGCCACGGCACCUGUUCACCUAGCCAUGGCCUAAGUGCUGCCCUCCACUGGGGGAAUUGUUGUGCCGCAUUGCCCAGCACCAUGAAGCCACUGAGAGUAACAACCACCACGGACGGAGGCUUCUCUUUUCGUUAUGAAGUUGUCCCAAACCUGCUAACCCAAGAUUGCGCCUGCAGUUAAAGGGUCAACCCACUCUGGUGGGCCUCCGACGGCAAGCAACCUGAAUUCCCAACUCCUCCCACCCACCACAGCCAUUAACCACUUCCAUACCAGGCACUUACGCACCUUCCUGCCCAAACCAAUUUUCAGC